AAAGAGCUCUUUAUCAUAAAUUGGAUUAAAUGUAAUUACAAUCAUUUAUUGCUAAUUGAGAUCAAAAUGAUGUUAACAUUGAUCUUUUUCCUGUUUGGUUUAAUUGUUAACCUUGAUUUAGUUUUGAGUGAAAAAGACUGCGAGGAUAAGCCACAAUUGGAUAUAACUACAGGAACAAUUAAAGGUAAAUCAGUUGACUUUCGUGGAUCUAAAAUCUAUCAGUUUUUAAAUAUUCCGUUUGCUGAACCUCCAAUAAAUGACCUUCGUUUUAAAAAGCCGAUACCAAAGAAACCCUGGAGAGGAGUAAUAGACACCAACCAGUGGGGAUCCUAUUGUAUUCAGAAUCUUUAUCCUGGUUUCAAUACGAAUAUAAAGUUUGAUGAAGAUUGUCUUGUGUUGAAUGUUUUCGUGACUCAAUCCGCUAUUAAAGAUAAACAACAAGAUGACAAUAGGCGAUUGAGACCCGUUCUGGUUUGGUUUCAUGGCGGUGCCUUUAAUUUUGGUUCAGCAAACAUGAAGGAACGUUACGACGGAUCAGCUUUAGCAGCUCUUCAUGAUGUUAUUGUGGUUACUGUUAACUAUCGUCUUGGUCCUCUGGGUUUCUUGUAUCUACCUGAAUCAGAUAUUCCUGGAAACAUGGGUCUUUGGGAUCAAAAAUUAGCAUUACAAUGGGUAAAGGAUAAUAUCAAUACUUUUGGUGGUGAUUCUGAUAGUGUGACUAUUUUUGGUGAAUCGGCUGGAUCAAUGUCUGUCUCUGCACAUAUUGUAUCUCCACAAUCGAGAGGAUUAUUUAAAAAUGCCAUCAUGCAAAGUGCAUCGAUUUACGAUCUAGAUCGUUGGACAAUCAAAGAUUUAAAUACAAAAUUUUUCAAAGCCAUUGGAUGUCAACCGGGUGUCAAUAUUUCUUCAUGUUUAUCGUUGUACCAACCACUCAAAUCACAAGUAACCAAUGAUCUCAUGUUCUGGCCAAUAUCAGGAGAUGAAUUUUUACCAUCUCAUCCCGAGUCUAUUGUUUCGAGUGGAGGUGUUGAUCCAAAUAUUAACGUUCUAUUAGGAACUGUUGGUAAUGAAGGAGCUUUUAUGUUGGUACUCAAAGAUCCGAUUACUUUUCAUCCAAUUAAUCCAUUGAAUUUAACUCUACCUCAUGCAAAGUAUAUCUUUGGAAAACUUUUUGGUAAAUCGCUGACAAAUUACUAUUCUGAUAGAUAUUUGGUUAAUGUAGAUCCAAAUGAUUCUGAUAAUAUACGAUUAGCUGUUAGUCAAGCUCUAGGAGAUACAAUUCUCACUUGUCCGACUUAUGCUUUCGGUAGAGAUUUAGUUAAUUCUGGAUCAACUAAUGUAUAUGCUUACUAUCAAUCUCAACGACCAUCUCAGUCAAUGCUCCCAAUCGCAACACCAAGUAAAUGGUUACCUGCAACUCAUGCUGACUGUAUCCCAAUGGUCUUUGGUCUUCCUCUAAUGAAACCCACCAAUUACACUAUCGAAGACACAAUAUUGUCCAUGAUCAUGAUGGAUGCUUGGGUUACCUUUGCUCGUGAAGGUAAGCCCCCAGCAGUUGGUCAGCAGUCAUGGUCACCUUGGAGUAACAAUUCGCAUAUGGCGAUGACAUUCGAUGCAAAUAAAAUUGGACUUAUUGAGUCUCAGUCCAUUGAAUUUUGCUUCAAAAAUUGGCCCUUUCCACUUGAAAAUCAAUAUCCAGUGACAUUCGAAUCCGGAGUAUUUUCCGUGAUUGAAGAUGACCAGUGAAGUAACUUUCAAUGACCAACCGAAAUGAGUGGGAUGAAUCAAUUUCUGAUUCGUUGUCCAUCCUUGUAAGAAAAAUCUUUUAAGAUAAUCUUUCAAUUAUUUUUUUUUAAUAUUAGGAAACUCGACCAAAAGAUUAUCAAUCAGAAUUUAAUAUGAAAUGAUUGGAGACUUGAGAAAACGAAUAAAAAAUAAUGAAUAAUA